UCUAAAGUCAAAGACCCACACACAUUCAAUGGCUAACAAUCGAAGCUUUAUUGUUCGGCUACAUGGAUUAGGGGACUCAGGCCCAGCCAAUGAACCCAUCAAAUCCCUUUUCACUUCCCCAGAAUUCAAAAACACAACUUGGUCUUUCCCUUCUGCUCCUUCCAAUUCAGUCACUUGUAACAAUGGUGCUGUGAUGCCUUCAUGGUUUGACGUUCAUGAGCUUCCUGUGACAGCUAAUUCUCCAAAAGAUGAAAGUGGUGUGCUUAAAGCGGUUCAGACUGUGCAUGCUAUAAUAGAUAAGGAAAUAGCUGCUGGCACAGAUCCUAAUAAUGUCUUUGUGUGUGGAUUCAGUCAAGGAGGUGCCUUGACAUUGGCAAGUGUUCUGCUGUACCCAAAAUCUCUAGGAGGAGGUGCAGUCUUCGGUGGAUUUGUUCCUUUUAGUUCGUCUAUGGUAGAAAAAAUUUCACCAAAUGCGAAGAGGACACCUAUUUUGUGGUCCCAUGGAAUGGCUGACACAACUGUAUUGUUUGAAGCUGGACAAGUUGGUCCUCCUUUCCUUGCACACGUUGGUGUUAGCUGUGAGUUUAAGGCUUAUCCUGAUCUUGACCAUUCAAUAAGCAACGAAGAGCUGCGGUACUUGGAAUCGUGGAUAAAGACAUGUAUGCCGGGUUCUUCUUAA